AUGAAAGUUAUUAUUGCGUUGUGUUUGGUUUCUGUUGUUGUAGGUAUUGGCAUUCGACCAAGCCAGAAGAUCUCGGUAAAUGGAAAGCUUAAGUGUAAUGGCAAGCCCGCUGAUGGCAUUGUAAGUAAAUUAUGUUAUAAAUAUGUUAUAUAAGUAAGAGUAAAAUAAUAUUAGAUUGUUCAAAUAAUUCUGUACUCCCUAACAUCAAAAAGAUAGGUAAAAAAGAGAAGGAAGCACAUAAUUAUUUGGACAACCUGAUAGAUUAGAAGUAAAAUACGAAGGUAUUGAGAAAAAAUACAAUUUUAAAUAUAUUGAAAGUAAAAUACGAUUUCUAUCCUUGCUACUUAUAAAUUUUACAAUAAAACCUUGAGGCAUUGCUUUAGGUAACGAGAAAUACAAAGUUUAUAUAUAAUAGUUUUAAAAUUAGUUUUUUAAAAUUUGGUUUUAGAAAGUAAAAUUGUACGACAAAGACACAUUCACCUUGGACGAUUUGAUCGGAGAAACUCAAACUGACAAAGAUGGCUUUUUUGAAAUCUCUGGCGAUGCUAAUGAAAUCACUCGUAUUACUCCCAAACUGAAUGUGUAAGUGACAAAAUCAUUUACAAACUUUGGAAAAAAGUAAAAACUUUGUGCUAGCAAAUAAUAUUGGUCUUCGAGGGGUAAAUUUUUUCACUUUUAGGUUUAUUCUAAUCAGAAAAAAACAUUUUAUUCAGUGUAAAUUACAGGGUGUCCCAAGAAAAAUGUCCGAAACUAAAACGAUAUAUCUUGGUUAUAAAAAUAGCUAAAAUUUUCAAACUUUGUACCGUGGUAGCUUAGUACUACAAGUUUUUCGUCGCAAAAUUUUGCUUUUUUUGGGUACAUUUUAAGGGCGUUAUGAUUUUUUGAAAAAUCGUCAUUUUCACCAAAAUUACACAUAUUUUCAUUUGGAAAUGCUUUUUUUGCCAAGUUUUUCAAAGGUUUUCAUUGAGAUUUUGCUUGAGAAUAGAUUUCUCGCAAAAUUUUCUAAGUUUCUUUUAGAAAUUUUGCCGCUACCGCAUUUUCAAAUAUCGGCGGAGAGUCGGCGGAGGCGCAAAAGUAUCGGCGGAGGCUAUAACUCACUUAAAAAUGAACGUAAAAAUAUAAAAAAAAGCAAUAUGUUUCAAAUUACAGUAUCUGUAAACUUAUGAGUUCAAAUAUUUCAAAUAUGCUAGAAUAUAAUAUUAAUAAGUUAAUGAGUAUCAUUUUAUUCUAAAUUUUAAUAAACACAAUAAAAAUGGCAUCUAUUCCACAAUCAAUGAUUGAUAGGGCCAUUGAUUCUUUUCUGCCCCGGCUACGUCUUUGUCGUGAUAAUAAUGGUGACAUUGAAGAGAUUCGUUAACCAUAUAUAAAUUUUAAUAUAAUUUAUAAUUGAAAAAAAUAUUUUAAAAAACCUAAAAUAUAAAAACAUAGUUAACAAAAAUAUUACAUCAUAAUAUUUUUUAAAAAAUAAAAAUAUUUUAACCCAUAAGUUUAUAGAUACUGUAAUUUGAAACAUAUUGCUUUUUGUUUUAUAUUUUUACGUUCAUUUUUAAGUGAGUUAUAGCCUCCGCCGAUACUUUUGCGCCUCCGCCGACUCUCCGCCGAUAUUUGAAAAUGCGGUAGCGGCAAAAUUUCUAAAAGAAACUUAGAAAAAUUUUGCGAGAAAUCUAUUCUCAAGCAAAAUCUCAAUGAAAACCUUUGAAAAACUUGGCAAAAAAAAGCAUUUCCAAAUGAAAAUAUGUGUAAUUUUGGUGAAAAUGACGAUUUUUCAAAAAAUCAUAACGCCCUUAAAAUGUACCCAAAAAAAGCAAAAUUUUGCGACGAAAAACUUGUAGUACUAAGCUACCACGGUACAAAGUUUGAAAAUUUUAGCUAUUUUUAUAACCAAGAUAUAUCGUUUUAGUUUCGGACAUUUUUCUUGGGACACCCUGUAAAAUCAUUUGCUUAAAAAAAUUUUUAUGAUAGAAACUAACAAAUUAAUAAAAAACUGAAAUUUAACAUUUUUUAGUUACCACAAAUGUGGCAAGACCAUUCCAAUCUGUGAUACCAAGUUCUCCAUUGAGAUUCCGAAGAAAUACAUUGAGAAACAGGAGCCAUUCGAUGCUGGAGAACUGAACUUGGAAACCAACUUCCCUGGUCAAUCGACUGAUUGUCUCAACUAAGACUCUGAACUUUACUUGUAAACAUAAUGUACAAAAGUAGUAUCUCAUGUCAAUAGUAGUAUAAUGAUUGAUUAGUCAUUUAAUGUUAUUUUAUAAUUGUAGAAAAGUUUUGGUUUUUAAAAUGACGUAUUAGGUUGUAAUGAAUGAGCUACGUCUUUCAUAGCAAAAUGAAGUGCAGUAGCUCAUUAUUUUUUAUACCAUUUAUUAAUAUUGUUUAAAAAAGGCUGCAUAAUAACCUUGAUUUGCUGAUUUUUUGUAAAAAAAUAAAUUUAAAUUGAAUUUUGAUUGUGUUGAAAAUCAAAUUGAAAAAUCAUUUAAAAGCCCAUUUGAACCCUAAAAUGGUUUUUUAAAUCUAAAUUUAAUGUAAUUUAUGUGUAAACCAUUCAAAUGUAAUCAGUGCGACUGUUAAAGCAAAUUUAUGAUAAGAUAACACUUUGUUAACGGUCAUUCGUUCAUAACUUCAAAACAGCUCUCUCAACUUUUGUUUUGAAGCUAUGAAUUGGUGGUCAAUAUUGUUUAUUAUACCUACUUUAGUUCAUUGCAAAGACUUUUUGGAUUAUAUAGAACCUGAGGUAAUACGAGAAAACUUACAGUAUUUCACUACGGAACCUCAUGUGGCUGGGACGCCAGCUAAUCUAAAAGUAGCUGGCAAAAUUGCUGAGAAAUGGAAAGAAUAUGGAUUGGAAGGUCAGUUUUUAAGCGUUAGGACUGGGAUAAGGUGAAGUACGACAAGGUAAAAUGUAGUAGAGCAAGAAUAGGUAAAGAGCGGCAAGAUAGAACAUAGGUUCUAUAUGAAUCUACUGUAAUGUUUUCAGACGUUGGCUACAAAACAUACGAAGUCUUACUGAGCUACCCCAACUUUACCAGCCCAAACACAAUCACAAUAUCUGAAAAUGGAAAGUCUGUAUUCCACAGUACCGGCAAAAGUACAGUAAUCAUUCCUGAAGAACAAGGUGCACCUGGAGCUGAUAUUCAAUGGUUGGCGUAUGCUGGAGAUGGGCAUGUCAAGGGAGAGCCAGUGUACUGUAAUUAUGGAACUGCCAAUGAUUUUAAGACUUUGAAGAAGUUGGGUAUCAGUCUAAAAGGCAAGAUAGCUGUGGUUAGGUAUGGGCAGAUCUUCAGAGCUAACAAGAUCAAGUUUGCUCAAGAUGCUGGAGCUGUUGGAGUGAUAUUGUACUCGGAUCCAGCUGAGGCUGCUCAGGCUGGGACUGAAGAAGGUAAGUUAUGGCUUUUUGAAGCAAAUAUGCAUAAGAAUCUUUUAGAAAACGUAUACCCAAACAAGGACUACAUGCCUCACCAUGGUGUACAAAGAGGAACGCUAAAGCUAGGGGAUGGAGAUCCAUCUUCUCCUUUGUAUCCAGCAAAGAAGGACCUUACUUAUACUACUACUAUUGAUGAUGUAAGUCAAUAGAUAUAAAACAUCAAGUCCUGAUUUUUAGACUAGAUAUAGACUUUAAUGUGGUCAGAGUUAAUAUAUUAUUGUAGUUUAUGUUUUCAAAUUUUAGUUAAAGAAAGACAAUAAGCUACCGACAGUCCCAGUGUUACCAUUGAGUUAUACUGAUGCUUAUGAGAUAUUCAAGCGAUUGGAAGGAGAGGAAGUGCCUAAAGAAUGGCAGGGAGGACUUAAUGUACAAUAUCGAUUUGGAGGAAAAAUGAAAAAUAAUGCUUUACUGGAGGUUGAUGUACAUUCUAGCUUAGAGAAACGGUAUGGUACUAUGUAGCUGCAAAGAUGUAUAGUCUUUUACAGUUUAUGUUUAUUUUCUAAACAUUUUUAAAAUUUUUUAAAGUGAAGAAAAGUGAUCUAAACUUUUAGAGAAAUCCGAAAUGUAAUCGGCUACAUAAAAGGCGAGACGGAGCCAGAUCGUUAUGUUAUGUUAGGCAAUCACUUCGACGCCUGGGUCUAUGGUUCAAUAGAUCCAAACAGUGGUACUGCCAUUCUGAGUGACAUAGCCAAAUCUUUAGUCCAGGCCAAGAAAGAUGGAGUUUUCAAGCCUAAGCGUACUAUUGUCUUUUGUAAUUGGGAUGCUGAAGAGUACGGUCUAGUCGGUUCAAAUGAGUUUGUGGAAGAGUUUGCGAACAUCCUGCGAGAUCGUGCUGUUGUCAUGCUGAAUGUGGACUUGAUUUCGGGAAAUGCCACGUUGUAAGUUGCUUGAUUUUAUAUUGUUUUGGGCUAUUUAUAAGCUCGCAUAAUUUAUAUAUACUAUUUAUAAAGGUUAGUAUAAUGUGAUUAUGUUUAGAACGGCAGAUGCAGUACCAUCUAUUUACGAAGUUGUAGUAAAUGCAGCCAAGAAGGUGCCAAACCCAGUAAAAUCUGAAGUUGAACAAGGAAGGAAGACUAUCUAUGACACAUGGUAAACCUAUAUCUUUAAAUACUUUGUAUACACGCAUUACAAGCAACUUUUGUCAACAUCUUUUACUACUAUAACAUAAAGAUAAUUAACACCUAGCUUAUAUAACUAUAUAACCAGAUUGUUGUAGGUACCACCGCUUGCCAGGAAAGAAGCCAGAGUACCCUGACUAUCCAGAACUGAAGACUCCAAACGGUGGAAGUGAUCACGAGACCUUCAUUGCUUACCUCGGUAUACCUGCUGUUGACAUAACGUAUAGAAGGCAGAAAGAGGACGGAGCCAUUGACAGUACAUACGCAUUGUAUCAUACUCUAUAUGAAACACCUUUUACUAAUGAGCACUUGUUUGAUAUUGACAACUUUGCUGUAAGUUGGAGGGUAUAUUACUUCAGAGGGGUUGCAGUGAGAUUGGUGGUAGGAUUAAGUUAGGAUUGUAUAAGUUAAGGCAAAGGAACGUAAUAUAAAGUGAAGAACAGGUAAGGUAUGGUAGAAUAGGGCAAGGUAAGGUAAGGAAAAGCUCUUUAUAAUAUAAAUUGUUAUACAUUAUCUUAGGUCCACGCAGCUACGGGAAAGUACUGGAUGCAGUUAGUUAAAGAUUUUGCUGAACCAGAUGUUGUUCCAAUUAAUGCGUCGUUAUUCGCUCAUCAUUUCCUAGACUUUUACGUUAGAGAUUUGAAGAAAGACAUUGAUGAUUUGUCCAGGAAGAUACCACAGACUAAACAAGUCAUUGCUCAGAAUACGAAGCUUAUCAGGAAUGCUCAGGUAAGCUAAAGUUCUAUAUAGGUAUAGCAAGGUUAUUCUAACUAGUCUUUUUACAAUAUGAUUACUGUGCAACGUUUUGGUAUGAUUUUAAAACUUAAAGUUGUGAGAACGUUUGUCCAAGCUUGGCCAAGUAUCACAAGCUUUUUGGACUUUUUCGUUGUUAAUUAUUAGUCAACUUUUUAGGAGUUUGUACGAGUAGCAGACGCGUUCCAGAAGUCGAUAAGAGGCAAUAAUAUAAAUGCUUGGACGUUGAAUACUCGGUCGAUUAACGACCGGUUGAUGGCAAUGGAAAGAUGUUUCGUAGGCCCUAAAGGCAUUCCAGGCUCACCAGAAAAGAGGAAUGUCCUCUUUUCGACCAGUGCUUUGAAUAGUUACGAGGGAAAGACCAUGCCUGGAGUGUAUGAUCAGGUAAGAGUCUAUAGCUACUUAAUUCAAAGCGUAGGGUCAUCAAAGAACUAUAAUUUUUUAAAUUGUAGUAUACAUCUAAUCUUCUUUCAGUUAGAUGCAUUAUCAGUAGCCAAAACAGAAAAAGAAAGAGAUCAAAUAGCCAAACUUCUAAUCGAACAAAUAUCUCAUGUACAAUACGCGGUUCAGUGUGCUACUUCUACCUUAGGCAUUCAUUUCUAA